AUGAUCGAUGCGACACAUGAUGCGCCGUCAUUCCUUCGCGCAUCCACGACUUCCGCUAAAGUGGACCGACGAAAACAGCACGUUGUUCAUCGGAUCGCUUCAUCCGGCGAUCGCCAUCCGGUGCUCUCUUCCAAAAUGUGGUCCGCGGCGCAGCAACAUCAACUUUUCCAUUUCCAUUAUCGCACAAAUCGGCGCUACCAGAAAGAAUUUCCCAUUUGUUGA